UGGUUGUGGAGCAGAGGAAAUCUGAAUCUCCUGAAUGAGAGCAGAAGAAGAUCCGCAGUGUUUCUGUAGAGAAUCAGGAUCUGCUGCAGAAAGGAAAUGCAUCCUGCUAAUCUCCUGCUGCUGGUACAGAGAGAUCUACAGGGAUCCAGUUUUUAUUUCCCCAGAAACAUUUACAAACUACAACUGUUAAAACUGUAGAAUAAAUAAAGGAAUAUGGAGUCUAUAAGCUCCAGAAAUCAGGAUGAAUUCUCUUCUACUCAUCACUCGACAGAAUCUAUCAGAAAUAAACAGAAUAUCACAGAUAAUCUGAGAUCUUUCAGGUGUUCGGAGUGUGGAAAGAGUUUUUCUCGAAAGAGUGUUGUGCGAAGACACCAGAGAAUUCAUACCGGAGAGAAACCGUAUUACUGCUCAGUGUGUGAGAAGAGCUUCAAUCAACAGAGUCAUCUCCAACAACACCAGAGAAUUCAUACCGGAGAGAAACCGUAUCAGUGUUCAGAGUGUGGGAAGCGCUUUACUCUACAGAGUCAUCUUAAAGCACAUCAGCGAAUUCAUACCGGAGAGAAACCGUAUCACUGCUCAGAGUGUGGGAGGAGUUUUAGUCUACAAAGUCACCUCCAAGUACACCAGAGAAUUCACACUGGAGAGAAACCGUAUCACUGUGUGGAUUGUGGAAAGAGCUUUACUCAGCAGAGUAGCCUCGAUUCGCAUCAGCGAAUUCAUACCGGAGAGAAAUCACAUUACUGCUCAGAGUGCGGGAAGAGUUUUAUUAGACCGAGCGAUCUCCAAACACAUCAGCGAAUUCAUACCGGAGAGAAACCAUAUUUCUGCUCAGACUGUGGGAAGAGUUUUACUCAACAGAGUAUUCUCGAAGCACACCAGCGAAUUCAUACCGGAGAGAAACCGUUUCACUGCGCAGACUGCGGAAAAUGUUUUGCUCAAAAGGGUCGUCUCUUAACACACCAGCGAAUUCAUACCGGAGAGAAACCGUAUCGGUGCUCAGAGUGCGGGAAGAACUUCGCUGUACAGAGUAAUCUACAAAGACAUCAGAGAAUUCAUACUGGAGAUAAACUGUAUCAGUGCUCAGACUGUGGAAAGAGUUUUACUGUACAGAAUAAUCUCCAGAGACACCAGACUCACGUUCACACAGAGGAAAAAACACUUUAGUGUAGAAGAGAUUUUAUCCACAGUGUUUUUAUUUAUAGCUUCAAACCAAAAUGUGUUUAGAUUGUAAUUUGCCUAUUUAAACUGAUUGUAGGAGCACAAGCAUUACACCAAAACAGAUUUUUGCUUGUUUUGGAGAAAAUUUGAAGGAUCAAGGUCCUAAAAUAGCACUGUGUUCACUAGUAAAAAUAAAUUAGUUAUACUUUAUCAGCAAGAUAACCAGUGUGAUUGGACUGGAAGCCAAACACUGUAAAGCUUCAUCCAGCUGAUGUUGUCUGUAAUGUGAUAGCACUUGUUAAUUCUGAUUAUAACUUUCACCUUAAAUUCAUAGACUUGAUAUUUUAAAUCAAAAACAAACCUAGUGUAAUUAAUGUCUUGAUUAUAUAUAUGCUAUUUA